CACAGAGGAACCAGAGACUAUUCUUCCAGCAGACAAGAAUCCUGGGCUCAGUGGGUCCAUCCUCACGGAAGAACUAUCAGAGGCUGCUACAGAAGAAAUUUUCCUAUCUGGGGAAACAGCCGAAGAAACAAUAUGUGCUGGAGGUGUUCCUGCCAAAAAACAAAAAAAAACCCCACCGAGGAAGAAAAAAACGAGGAGAGCCGCAAAGGCAGCCAUAAGCAGAUGGACUGUGACAGCAGUUCAUGCUGCAAAUGAUGCAGGAUUUCGUCUAUAUCAUAGAUCAACCGACAACGACAGCCAUCAAGAGCAGCUCCUCAAACAGCGCUUCUGAAGAAUCGGAAUCUUCAUCAGUCGGUAUGCUUCAGCUUCCUUCGAAUAUCACCAUCACAGAGUCGCUGCCAACUGAGAUGGACAUGUCUAAAUUUGUUUCCUGUCUCUCUGUUCUUCCUUACCAGAUGAGGGAGUAA